AUGCGCAGCGCCGACGGACGUCUCAGGAAGAGGAAAAUGGAAUAAACAACUCGGAGGAACCAGAGCGCGAGAGAGCGAGUGGAGGCAGAAUUUAAAAAUAAACCGGCACCUCCGCCCUCCCCACCUGUUCGCGGCUGCCGCUCCCCCUCCCCUAGCCUGCACCCUCGAAAUCCCUGCCUGGGCCCUCGCGCCCACCCCGUCGUCCCGCACGGCCCCUUUAAGACAAGAGAACGAGAGAGUGAGUGAGAGAAUCCCAACUCCCCCUCCCCUCCGCGCCCUCCUACCCCGUCCUCCCUCCCCUUUCCCCUCCCCCUCUCCCCGGGCGGCCAGGGCUCCCGCAGCGGGACAGACCCACCCGCCCGGCUUUUUUCCGGCACCGGCUGCGUCCUCCUUCCCUCCCCAGUCUAUGGUGGCGGCGGCGACGGCUCCUCGGGCAGCAGCGGAAGACGAGGCUGCGGCGUUGCCAUGAACAGUGGCGGCGGCCUCCCGCCCCCUUCGGCCGCCGCCUCCUCUUCCUCCUCCUCCGCGCUGGCGGCGGCGGUGGCGGUGGUGGCCCCGCCGGGGGUCGGGGGCGUCCCCGGCGGGGCGGCGGCGGGAGUAAAGCUGAAGUACUGCCGCUACUACGCGAAGGACAAGACUUGCUUCUACGGGGAGGAGUGUCAGUUCCUGCACGAGGACCCCGCCGGGGCGGCCGCGGGCCUCGGCCUCCAUAGCAACAGCGUCCCCCUGGCGCUGGCGGGCGCGCCCGUGGCAGGCUUUCCGCCCGGAGCGGUUCCGGGCGGGGGGGCCGGGCCGCCCCCGGGGUCCAAGAAGCCGGACCUGGGGGCCCCGGGGGCAGGAGCCGCAGCUGGCGGCGGCGGCGGCGGAGGACUCGAUGGACCGCGGCUGGCAAUUCCUGGAAUAGAUGGAGGUGCUUUAACUGAUACCAGUCUCACAGAUUCCUAUUUCAGCACCAGCUUUAUAGGAGUCAAUGGAUUUGGAAGCCCUGUAGAAACAAAGUAUCCCUUGCUGCAGAGAAUGACUAAUAGUAGCAGCUCCCCAAGCCUUCUAAAUGACAGUGCCAAGCCAUAUGCAGGCCAUGAUCCUCUCACUUCACCUGCUUCAUCCUUGUUUAAUGACUUUGGUGCCCUCAACAUCUCUCAGAGAAGAAAGCCAAGGAAGUAUCGCCUGGGGAUGCUGGAGGAGAGGCUAGUUCCGAUGGGAUCAAAGGCACGAAAAGCAAAGAACCCUAUUGGCUGCCUUGCUGACAGGUGUAAAUCAGGAGUACCCAUCAAUAUGGUUUGGUGGAACAGACUCACAGAAAACAAUUUACAGACACCAAAUCCUACUGCAAGCGAGUUUAUUCCUAAAGGAGGAUCAACCUCCAGGCUGAGUAAUGUGUCCCAGUCAAAUAUGUCUGCCUUCUCUCAAGUUUUCUCUCACCCAUCCAUGGGAAGCCCUGCUGCUGCUGGAUUAGCACCAGGAAUGUCAUUGUCUGCUGGGUCUUCCCCUCUUCAUUCCCCCAAGAUCACUCCACAUACUUCUCCUGCUCCCAGAAGAAGAAGUCACACUCCAAAUCCAGCAAAUUACAUGGUGCCUUCUAGUGCCUCUACACCUGUUAAUAAUCCUGUUUCUCAGACACCGUCCUCUGGUCAGCUGAUUCAAAAGGAAACUGUCGGCGGGACAACAUACUUCUAUACAGACACAGCUCCAGCCCCUUUGACUGGAAUGAGAUCUUUCAAAAAUUAUCACAGAACAGCUUGCCGAACAGAAGGUCAAAUAAUUGAGGUUUUUCCAAACUAUCAUAUUUAUCCUCCAACUGCACCUCAUGUUGCUUAUAUGCAACCAAAGGCAAAUGCACCUUCAUUCUUCAUGGCCGAUGAGCUCCGACAGGAGCUCAUUAACAGACAUUUAAUAACAAUGGCUCAAAUUGAUCAAGCAGAUAUGCCAGCAUUCCCUGCAGAAGUCGACAGCUAUCAUAGCCUAUUCCCUCUAGAACCACUGCCACCACCCAACAGAAUACAGAAAUCAAGUAAUUUUGGCUACAUUACAUCUUGCUAUAAAGCUGUGAAUAGCAAAGAUGAUCUGCCAUAUUGCCUUCGGAGGAUCCAUGGUUUUCGUCUCGUUAACACAAAAUGCAUGGUGUUGGUUGAUAUGUGGAAAAAAAUUCAGCACUCAAAUAUUGUAACCUUGCGUGAGGUAUUUACCACUAAAGCAUUUGCAGAGCCUUCUCUUGUGUUUGCAUAUGAUUUCCAUGCUGGAGGAGAAACUAUGAUGAGCAGGCACUUUAAUGACCCCAAUGCUGAUGCCUAUUUCACAAAGAGAAAAUGGGGUCAACAUGAUGGACCAUUGCCCAGACAGCAUGCUGGAUUAUUGCCAGAAUCUCUUAUUUGGGCAUAUAUUGUCCAGUUGAGUUCUGCACUGCGUACCAUUCACACAGCAGGUUUGGCAUGUCGAGUUAUGGACCCAACAAAGAUUCUGAUAACUGGCAAAACGAGGUUACGAGUAAAUUGUGUUGGUGUAUUUGAUGUCUUAACAUUUGAUAACAGCCAGAAUAAUAAUCCAUUGGCAUUAAUGGCUCAAUACCAGCAAGCAGAUCUGAUAUCAUUAGGAAAAGUUGUGUUGGCUUUGGCUUGCAACUCUUUGGCAGGAAUUCAGCGAGAGAAUUUACAGAAAGCCAUGGAACUGGUGACAAUCAACUACUCUUCUGACCUGAAGAAUCUGAUUUUGUAUCUGUUGACUGAUCAGAACAGGAUGCGAAGUGUUAAUGACAUCAUGCCCAUGAUCGGUGCUCGAUUUUAUACUCAGUUGGAUGCUGCUCAAAUGAGAAAUGAUGUCAUAGAGGAGGACCUUGCAAAGGAGGUUCAAAAUGGAAGACUGUUUAGGCUUCUAGCAAAAUUGGGAACAAUCAAUGAGAGGCCGGAGUUUCAGAAGGAUCCUACCUGGUCAGAGACCGGAGACCGUUAUCUGUUGAAACUCUUUAGGGAUCAUCUUUUUCAUCAGGUGACAGAAGCAGGUGCUCCUUGGAUUGACCUCAGUCAUAUCAUUUCUUGUCUUAACAAGUUAGAUGCUGGUGUGCCAGAAAAAAUAAGCCUCAUUUCCAGAGAUGAGAAGAGUGUACUUGUGGUGACUUACAGUGACUUAAAGCGCUGCUUUGAAAACACUUUUCAAGAACUGAUUGCAGCUGCCAAUGGCCAGUUGUAGUAUUUGCUAACAGCACGCAGGACAUGGCUGAGGAGCUUAACCUAUAGCAAAUUGCACUACAGCUGAACUGUUUUCAUCAUCUCAUUUCACGUCUGGGAAACAAACAGAAGAUGAGCAAAGCUGCUUGCAUUUCAAUCAGGUACACUGUUACUUGAAAGGAAGAAUGUUUCAAUCAUCCUAGAGCUGUGGCUGCCAUUGGGGCCAAAUCUGUGAAGAAUUUAUUUUAGAUUAAGGAGCACCAUUAGGUGACUGAUGUUCCAGCUUUGGUUUUUUUCCACUUGUAUAUGCACUAAUUUUAAUUUUCUUAAGACUUUUUUCUGAUCUUUGAACUUUUGCCACAUUGUAUACUUAUUAAGGGAAUCUAUUUGCAAGGAUAUUUUUUGGAAACAAUGCUGGACAGCAUUUUUGUCAGUGAGGGUUGCAGAAUUUGCUCUUUUGGGGAUGGGUUGCCCUGAAUAAUGUAAUGGACCAGGUAAAUAAUUUCACAGUUCAAUGUAGCGCAUAAUUCUUGUAAGAGUAUUGUAUGCAAGCUCUAUAUGCCACCCACUGUUAGUUCCAAUUGAGAUUUUUGUUUUGUUUUAAAGAACACACAAAAAGAAAUAUCAGUGAAUUUUGUUAGAUUCAAAUUCCCCUAUUACUUGAUUUAAACCCUUUCUGUAAAGAUUGGAUAAACAGUAACUGAAGGAGCUCAUAGAACUUUUUGCUCCGAAUUCAACCAGAGCCUUUUGUAAAAAAGAUGUUUCCUGCUAGUCAGAUACAUUUACACUUAUGCAGUCUUUUUUAAAUAGAAAGAAAAAUUGAGAAAUUGUGUUAAAGGACUGAAGUUUGCUUUUUUUUUUUUUUUUUUGUAUAAAGUUUUGUUCUUUAAACCACAGCUUUAUUAUGGUACUUUACACUGGAUACAGACACAGAGACACUGUUCAGAAGAUGAGCUAAACACAGCAGUGGUCUGGCAUCAAGAGCUUCUGACAUUUUAUAGCCUGAAUCUGGAGAGAUAACAAUCUGCUGUGCCUUUGCAGUCACUGCUUAGCCCAAAGUCAUAGUGCUUUUAAUAAUAAUAUGUGGGAUAUUCCUGAAUAAGUCAAUCUCGAAACUUUGGAAUUUUCCUCCUCUUAACCUUUCUUAAUAUUUGGACGUGCAGUUGUCGCCAAACUUGUGUAUUCAUGGAAUUUCUAGUUAAUAAAAUACUUAUACUUUGAUACUGAAGACUGCCAAAUACAUAGGAAUUUUCUUUCUUAAAAAACAGUAAUGAAGACUGUAUCUCCUUUCCCAGCACUGAAUGUUUUACUAGCACUGGGUGCUCACCAAGCAACUAUGAAGAAAAUGUGGAAACUCAAAAGAUCAGGAAAGACUUCCAAGCACUUGCAACCGAUGUUAUGGUUUUCAAUUUUAAUGAUUAUACAUAUUUGUAGUUUUCGGAGAAGUUUUUAAUAUUUCUCUGUCCACUUUUUAUAAGCUUUAAAAUGAUUUUCUCUGCCUUGAGAUUUGCAUCAAGGAAAAGCACCUCUCUUCACCUGAAAGCUUUGAAGACUAGAGACACGCUUCUCACAUUGUAACAAGUGAGUCCACCUGUGGUA